AAUUCUCCACCUCAAUCCCGCAUCAAGUCGUGCGACACUGCAAACAAGCCUGAUGCAUUUCCGCCGACUCUAUCACAGCUUGCUCGACCUCACAACCCAAUCACUCCUCUCGGCCCGAUGACUCUCAUUCUGUCUGUCGCGUUUUCAUCAAUUCCGUCGUCUGCCUGUGCCGUCAACCCUGAUGAGCCCGCCAAAUCCGCCAAUACCACCGAUCCCGUCGAUCCCGUCAAUACCGUCAGUACCGCCAAUGCCGCCGAUUCGGCCCAGCUGUAUCACAAUAUCAAACUUAACAUCACCGUCAACAUGAGCCGCAACUUGGUCACCCUCGUGGUGGCUUUCACCGCAGGUGCUAUUGCAGUUGAGAAUGGUCUUGCUAGAACUCCGCAAAUGGGUUGGGUAUGA